AUGGGUUGGGUGGAAAUAGUGGGAGGGGGGUGUGGGGGGUGUUUGGUGGGGGUGUGGUGGGUUGGUGGGAUGGUUUAUGGGUGGGGUGGUUGGGGGGGGUGGGGGGGGUGGGGGUUGUGUGGUUUGGGUUGGGUGAGGUUGGGGUUGUGGUUUGGUUGGGGGUUGUGGUUGGGAAUGUUGUGUUUGGGGGGGGGGAAGGGAAUGUGGAUGUGUGGUGGGGGAUGGAAUUAUGGAGUUGGGGGGUGUGGGUGGGGAGAGGUGGGGGGAGAAAUUGUUUGUAAGGGGGGGGGGGGGGGGGGGGGGGGGGGGGGGGGGGGGGGGGGGGGGGGGGGGGGGGGGGGGGGGGGGGGGGGUUUUGUGGGAUUGUUUAAAAAGGUGAUGGUUGUAGGUUUGAUGUGGGAGGGUGGAGGUGGGGGGAAUGUUUUGGGGGUGGGGUUUGGGUGGGGUUGGUGGGUGUUGGGGGGGGGGGUGUUUAUGUUGGGUGGUUUGGGGGGUGUGGUGGGGUUUAGGUGGGUUGUUGGGGGUUGUAUUUUGUGGUUUGUUGUGUAUGUUGGGGUAUGGUGGUUAGUGGGUUGUGAGGGUUUGUUGGGGUGGGUUGUGGUUUGUUGUGGGGUGUGGGGGUUUGGGGGGUUGUGGUGUUUGGGUUAUUGGGGGGGUUGGGUUGGGUUUUGGGUGUGUGGUGUGGGUUGUGGUGGUGUUGUGGUUGGGGGGUGGGUGGUGGGGGUGGGGGUUUGUGUGGGUGGGUUGGGGGUGGGGAUGGGGGGGGGUGGGGGGUGGUUGGUUGGGGGUUGUGGGGUGGGGGGUUGGGGGGGGGGGGUGGGGGUGGGUGGGGUGGUGGGGGGUGGGUUGGUGUUUGGUGGGGGGGGGUUUGGGUUGUGUUGGGUUGGGGUUGGGUGUGGGUUUGGUGGUUUGUGGUUAGUGUUUGGUGGUGUGUGUGUUGUUGGGGUGUUGGGGGGGGGGGGGGUGGUUGUGGGGGGGGGUGGGUGGGGGUUUUGGGGUUGGUUGGUUGUUUUGGUUGUUGUUGGUGGGGGUGUGGUUGUGGGGGGGUGGGUUGGGUGGGUUAUUGGGUGUUGGGGGGGGGUAGAUAUUUGUUUGAUUUGGUUGAUGGUGUAG